UCUGAGAGCUCUAGAUGGAUCUAAGACCCAGCUCACAGCAGCAGGCGGACAGGCGGCCUGGAACACAGAUCCAAUCUCUCUUCUCACCCUAACUCAGUCGGCCUCUCUCAAGGACUUAAAACUCAACUCCUCCAAUGUCAUCACAGAAGGGCAGAACCCUGAUAGAGGGAAUAAGGGAGGGAGUGGCAGUUGCCAGGCAACCAGUCUAGCCCACCCUUGUUUGCUCUGGUGGCAGCAGCAAAGGUGUGGUUAGAGUUUUUGGCAACUCCCUGGGCUGCCAACAGUAAUUUCUUUCAGUUGGAGCACAGCUGUGGUCACCAGCUGUGGUCACCCGGCAGCCUCUUCCACCCAGGAACCCCGGAGUCUGAGGCUGGAAGGACAAUCCUGACUUGCCUUGCCCUCAGAAAACUCAAGACUAUUAGCAGAAGAACCAGAUUUCUAUGGGCCAAAUGGUACCCCCAAGGAGCGUCCACAAUGAAGAUUUCUGGAAGAACCCGUGGAACGUGGGGGGCCUGAUAGUGGUUGCCUUGUUCUCCUCCACGUUCCUGUUCUUCAUCUUAUUCGCUGUUGUGUUUGGGUAUGUGGAAAAGUCUGCGUGGAAAAGGGCUGUGUAUGAAGAGGAGUAACCAAUCUCCUCAGCGGCUCAGAAGGCAGCAGGGAGACACAGGCUGACCUGCUCACCCCAGACCAGUGGGGCUUCCAGUCCCUCUGGCUCAAGAAAGAAUCUAUGGAAACCACUGGACCUUGCCUAGGGGUUGGUCAGUUAGCCAGGUGGGCAGGCAGGUGUGGUACCAUUUCUGGCUCUCUCACCCUGCACCAGCUGAACACUGUAAGCAUAUGGAGAGGAACUCUGCUCUGCCUCAGACGGGAGCAGCAAUGGCUAACCAGAUCCUUUGAAGAGGGUCCCUGCACAAGCAGCUAUUUUCAAGUUCUUGGCAGAGAAGGGCACAAAGUGUCAAAUGAAGUAAAAAUUCCUUUUCAAAUCCA